GGCUGCGGUGCAGGCGGCCACACACGCAGACAGGAGGUGUUUCCUUAGAUCGUGGGCUCCACUCCACGCCGGUCCCAAUGUUCCCGGUGCCUCUGCCACCAGGAGGACAUGCCUGUCAUCCUCAUGACGGCUCCAACAUUCAGAUCCAUCGCCUGGAGCUCUGAGCGAAGUUUAACUCAGGCGACCUGAAGAUAGGGGCGGAUAAUUACAUCACAACAAGACCAUGAAGCUGUGACGCUGCAGGAGGCAGCCAAAGUCGACAUGAUGGAGGAGGCUGCCAGUCAACUGGAGAGGGACCAUGUGCACAGUGUCUAUGACAAGAUCGCUCCAUAUUUCAACGACAGCCGCUACAAAGCCUGGCCAAAAGUGCGACAGUUCCUGCUGGACCUGCCUCCAGGGAGCAUCGUAGCUGACAUUGGUUGUGGCAAUGGCAAAUACCUCCACAUCAACAAAGAAGUGUUCAAGCUGGGCUGUGAUGUUUGUCGCCCCCUGGUGGACUUUGCUUGGAGCCAAGGACAUGAGGUCCAGAUGUGCGACGGGCUGUGCUUGCCUUACAGAGACGGCUGCUUUGAUGCAGUGCUCUCUAUAGCAGUCAUCCAUCAUUUUUCCACCAAAGAGCGUCGCAUUCGGGCAAUAAAGGAGAUGGCUCGCACUCUGCGGGUUGGAGGACGCAUCAUGAUCUACGUGUGGGCCAUGGAGCAGAAACGGAGGAAAUUUGAAAAACAAGACAUCUUCGUUCCCUGGAACCCCAACCCUCAUUUGACUUCCGGCUUCAACAGAGAAGAUGCCAAACCCAGAAGACGAGCCACAGCACAGAGUGUGAGUGAAAUUCUAGACAGCACUGAAAAUUACAGGAAGGUUAGAAGCACGUCCUCUGUGGCAGACGAAGAUGUGACCCAGCCGUUGCCGCAGAAGAAGACGCAGAAACUGUGGUUCUUCUCCAGGUCUCUGGAUUCGGUGUUUGACUUUGGAAGCCUAGCUAUCUCCUGGCCAUCAUCCAGAGACCUGAGGCAUUUAGUAUCACCCGCAGAUGAAAAUGAGGGGAGUAAGACCAACCAGCGAGCGAGAGGACGAAGCCUCAUCAAGCAGGUCUCAAGUUUUUUUUCCCCUCCAUCUGCAAUCGGAUCAGAGGAGGAUGUUUUUGACUCAGACAUGGACCCACACAAAGGUCAGACUGAUCCAGGAGGCCCCAGUAACCCAACCUACAGUAAUGGCAGAGAAAAUAAAAGCAUCUCAAUAUCAUUGGCUCCAGAGUGUGGCUCACUAGCUCUGCCAGAUCUUAUUUCCUUCCAGCGGGAGGAUAUGAAGGAGUGUGAAGAUCAAAGCAUCAAGGAGACCAUAGAAACACAGCAACACGAAGGGACACAGAGUCCUGAGGGGAGCGAGGAGCAGGUGGAAGGUUCCUGUCUGAGGUACUAUCAUGUCUUUAGAGACGGAGAGCUGGCAGAGCUCAUAGAGCAUCACGUUGAAGAGCUCCAUGUGAUCCACAGCUACUUUGACCAUGCCAACUGGUGUGUGGUGGCAGAGAAGGUUCAGUUAUGGAAAAUCUGAUUUUAAAUCAGGGUGAUUAGCCCAACUUUUUAGCACUGUACCACUUGCAUCAACACUGAAACUUUUAGGGAAUAAAAUGUCUGUAAAUGUGCAGCUGUAGCUUCCAUCAGGCCUCUGACACUCUGCUGAACUUCUCUACUGAGAAAGGUAUGAUUUUACAAUUUUAUUAGCACUGAUUAAGAUACAGGCAUAAUACAAAUCCUUUUUUUAAAGUAGGUAUUCUGUAUAAAGGCAAGAGGGUGGAAAUGGGGCUCUUGUGUCCCACCUUUAAUUUUUCUAUUUAUUUAAUUGCUUUUAAAAAAGGACUUUUUUAAAGGGAGAUGAUGAUGGUUGCAUAAUUUUCCAUUUUUAAGGGGGAAAUUGAAAGCAACAUAAGACAGAUUGACAGUAUAAAUUUCCAUUGCUUUUGGUUUUUGGUUUAUUUCUGUGGUGAUAUUUUAAUGUAUUUUUUUAUUUGAAUACUGGGUUAUUACCUCCUAGUAUGUAGAGCUAAACGAACAGCAGGCAUCCAUAACUGUUCUAUGUUAGAUGUCUCAUAAAGACUCAUACAGUUCCUUACAAAAGUAUUAAUAUUCCUUCAAAAUGUUUUCAUCUUUAUAAGUGAAAACCACAGACUUUGAUGUGUUCUAUUUUGGAUUUUUGUGUGAUGGUAGUACCUAAUCCUAAAGCAAUAGAGAUAUGAUGCUAAGUUUAUUUUUAUUUAAAAAAAUCCCAAAAAACAAAAAAAAAUCUGGCAAACCCACAACAU